AUGGUUGUACCAACAUUGCUCUACGGUUAUGAAUGCUGGACCCUGUAUCGCCGACAAAUAAAACUACUUGAGAUAUUCCACAUCCGCUGCCUUCAGCGAAUCUUGCGAAUUACAUGGAAGGAUAAAAUCCCCCACACCGAGGUUCUUCAACGUGCGGAGGUCGUCAACAUCGAGGCCAUCAUACGACAGCGCCUUCUACGUUGGGUUGGGCAUGUGCGGAUGUCGGGUAGUCGCCUCGCAAAAAUUGUAUUCUACGGAGAGCUCGAGAUCGGCAGACGUCCACGUGGCGACCCAAAGAAACGGUUUCGGGACUACAUUAAGCGUGUUCUUGUCUCCUGCAAUAUUGAUCCAACACAAGUCGAGAACCUUGCAAAGGAUAGGGUCGGCUGUCGGUCUCACUGUGUCACGGGAAUGGCCCACUUCGAGGAGGAGAGGCGAGAAGCGCUCAAGGGGAGGCGACGCCAGCGUCAUCUGCAGCCUGCCGAUUCCGCACCGGGUAUGUUUCCCUGCCAACUGUGCCAGAGAGCUUGUCAUUCUCAGAUCGGGCUACUAUCUCAUUUGGCAUCCCACAGAAGACGGUCAUUGAAGGAUGGACAGCGUCGUCGUCAGCAAUGA